UUCUCUCUCUUCCCUUUUCGAAAACCGGAGAUCCGUACACACUGUCCGAUCCGACCCGCAUUUCUCUCCUAAACGUCGUCGUUUUCGUCUCAGCCGUAAGCGGCUGAACCCUAGAGUUGAAUUCGCCGGGAAUUUCAGGGUUCCGAUGAGGGGAGUGAAGCCGUUACCGGAGGCGGUCCGGAGCUCGAUUCGGUCCGGAGUGGUACUGUAUGACGUGGCUAGGGUUGUGGAGGAGCUUGUGUUUAAUAGCUUGGACGCUGGAGCAAGAAAGGUUUCGGUUUUCGCAGGAAUUGGGACUUGCUAUGUGAAAGUAGCGGAUGAUGGAUGUGGGAUUACUCGUGAUGGAUUGGUGUUGCUGGGAGAAAGAUAUGCCACAUCGAAGUUUGAGCAAUACACUGAGGCGGAAGGUGGGUAUGGGAGCUUCGGUUCCAGAGGGGAAGCGCUGGCUUCGAUAUCUGACGUGGCGUUGCUUGAAGUUGUGACCAAAGUUUCCGGGAGGCCAAAUGGGUAUCGCAAAGUGAUGAAGGGAUUCAAAUGCUUGUAUCUUGGAGUAGAUGACGAAAGGAAGGAUGUCGGCACAACAGUUGUUGUUCGUGAUUUGUUUUACAAUCAACCAGUUCGGAGGAAGUGUAUGCAAUCCAGCCCGAAGAAGGUGUUGGACACUGUCAAGAAAUGUGUACACAGGAUUGCACUGGUGCACUCAAAGGUUUCAUUCAAAGUUGUCGAUAUUGAAAGUGAGGAUGAGCUUCUUCGUACCAUUCCUUCUCCUUCUCCCUUGACAUUAUUGAGAAGUGCUUUUGGGAUCGAGGUCUCUGAUGCACUUAAUGAAUUAAACAUACGUGAUGGCAAAUUAGAGCUUUCUGGAUACAUAUCUACUCCUUGCAAUAGUCUUGCGAUUAAGGCCUUCCAAUAUUUCUAUAUUAAUUCGCGGUUCAUUUGCAAAGGACCAAUUCACAAGUUGCUCAAUCAAUUGGCAUCUAACUUUGAGUGCUGGGACCCAGGGACAGUUGUUGUUGGAUCCCACAGCAGGAAGAGAAGUAGAUCUCAAGCAUUCCCAGUUUAUGUCUUGAAUUUAAGUUGUCCCCAAUCAUUCUAUGAUUUUAAUUUUGAACCAUCGAAGACAUAUGUUGAGUUCAAGGAUUGGGUUCCCCUACUCAGCUUUGUUGAGAAGACCAUUCAAAGCUUCUGGAAGGAAAAGAUAUCCAGUGAAUCAGUUGGUCACGGAGCUGAUAUACAAAGAGAAGGUCAAAUGUGGGAGGAAAGUGACAACUUUGCAUCCGCAAAUGAAAAGCUGGAUGUAGAUUUUUCAGAAAUGUCACCAAUAGGAAAAAAGAGAAGCAGGAUCCAAGAUCUUGAGACAUCUCCACACAUUAUGAAGAUUAUAAGUAAAGAGGACAGGGAUGUAUCUCAUAGGAAAUAUGCCAUAAUCCCAAUUGACUACUUGCAUGAAAAUAAUGUUGAUGCCAAAGGCUUUAAAGAGAUUGAUUUUGGUCAUGAUACUGACUAUUCAUUUCAACCACGGGAUCAGAGUAUUGCUAAAUGUUUGCUCAGAACAAAUAUGAAGAGGGAAAAUCAUAGUUGGAUGUCUGAUUUUAAUAUAUCACCCGAUGAAGAUUAUAUCAUGGAUAGUGGAUGCUCUGCUUCCAAAAGAUCUAGCAUUGUGGAAGAUAAUAUCUUUACCUCAGCAUGGCAAGAUCAGCCCCACAAACUUUGUGCUAGUGUUGGCAAGGGUCCAGCAGUUACUGGAGUAUCGUAUCAUGAUUUCAGUAGCAAUAUGGAUAUCACCUGUGAUUUAACACAACCUUUUCUCAAGAGUUGUUCCUCCCGAGGAAGGCUUCCAUCUGAGAGGGAUUUGUUUACAGAAAAUGUGAUUAAUUGUCAUGAUGAUUACUUUGGGGGCAAGAGAAUACAGGAUGGCUCUUACACCACUGCAGAUGCUUUAGAAAUUGAUGGCAGCAGAAUGCGGAGCGGUUCUUAUAACAGUAUAGAAAUUCCAGAUAUCUUAUCAAUGACUUCAUCACCAGGGAUGCUAUCAAGUGCUCAGCCCUAUUCCAGAGUUGGAUCAAAGUUUGAUCCGUUUUCAGAGGUUGACCCUCUGUCAGGAUUUUAUUUGAAUUCAAUCCCAUCCUGUAAGGAGCACUUUGACGAGGCAAGUUUAGACUUGAGUGAAGAGUAUAUUGGUUCCUACAAUCACACCUUAGAAACUGGACGGCACUCUGUGGCAUCCAAUCCCUUAUCUCAGAGCACCUAUUUGGAUCUUGAACCUUUCUUCAAUGAAGAUUCAUUUGAAGGGGAUUACAGAUAUAAACAUGAUAAGAGGGAUACUGAAAAAUGUUUUGUUGAUGCUGAAGAAUUUGAUUGCAGCUUUGGAUCAGAUAUUGUAUCUAAGAUAAGACAACACAGUUCGGCAGAUACAGAUUGUGGACUAGAUUACAAUUACAAAGAUGGUUUAAGAAAAUUCCUUCACCAAGACAAUAUAGAUAGAGAGAUUCCUACUGGUCACCGAGAUAUUUUAGCUGCUGACACAGAUUGGUUACGUUGGCCUUCACCCAGUAAAAAUAACAUAUGUACUGACAUGCAUAACAGACAUGGGGAGCAGUUACAAUAUCAGGAUUCUCUUAAGAGCUGUGUUUCAAUCAGAAGAUCAAUGCGAAGCCACUCAGCUCCACCGUUUCCUAGAAGCAAGAGGAAGUACUUCGCUUUAAGUCAAUCUGUAACAAUAGCAGGCAGACAUGAUGCACAAACCUUCCAUGAUUCAGCGGCUUAUCCAGAAGCUAGCAAGAAGAAGGAUAUCUGUCAACCUCUUCAUAAUAGUCAUCAAAAUAUGAAGACAAGUUCUGUGGAGGAUUUAUUGUUAGACAUCAGAUAUGAAGAAUCUCAAGAUAUCAACACUGGUGCAAGGAAGAGGCAAGAACCGGAAAUGUUUGAACUAUCUAAAAGGUCUGAGGUUCAAGCCACAGCUUCAAUGAAAGAAUCUAUACCCAAAAAUCAAGAUUCUCUGAAUUGUGAGACCAAAUGGCGGAAUUCUUGUCCCCAGAUCACAAGCACAAAAGUAAUGCAUCGGUUUGAAGAUGGAAUUGAUAUACUUGACAUAUCUUCCGGGUUCUUGCAUCUUGCUGCUGACUCAUUAGUUCCUGAAUCUCUGAAUAAAAAUUGUCUCAAGGAUUGCAGAGUUCUUCAGCAGGUGGAUAAGAAAUUUAUUCCAGUCAUGGCCGGCGAAACACUUGCUGUUAUUGAUCAGCAUGCUGCAGAUGAAAGGAUCAGAUUGGAGGAGCUGCGUCAGAAGGUCUUGUCUGGAGACGGAGAAGCAAAGGCCAUUACUUUUCUGGAUAUUGAACAAGAGCUGAUGCUGCCGGAGAUGGGAUACCAGUUACUGCAUAACUAUGCUAAACCAAUAGAAAAGUGGGGUUGGCGCUGCAACAUACAUUAUCAAGAUUCAGGGUCUUUUAAGAGGAAUUUGAAUAUCCUUCACAGGCAGCCAACCGUCAUCACACUUAUUGCGGUUCCCUGCAUCUUAGGUGUCAAUCUUUCUGAUGUAGAUCUUAUGGAAUAUCUUCAGCAGCUUUCUGAUACAGAUGGAUCAUCAACAAUGCCACCGUCUGUUCUUCGAAUCCUAAACUCUAGAUGCAGAGGUGCAAUUAUGUUUGGGGAUUCCUUGCUACCGUCAGAGUGUUCCCUCAUAGUUGAUGAGCUAAAGCAGACGUCAUUGUGUUUCCAAUGUGCUCAUGGUCGACCUACAACUGCCCCACUAGUAAAUCUGGGAGUGCUGCACAAGCAACUAGCUAAGAUUGCAUCUUUGAGACAGAAAAAUAGUGCAGAUCAAGCAUGGCAUGGAUUACAUCGACAUGAACUUAGUCUUGCACGUGCAGAACAACGUCUAAAUUCGGCUAGAAUCUAGGAUGAUGAGAAUCUUUCAACUUUGAUUCAGAAUUGUAAUGAUGAGUCUGCAAUGGAAACGUUCACUUUCCGAACAUGAUUUACAUUUUUGGUUACCAAAUGUACAGCUUCUUUCCCUUCAAGUUAUAAGGAUAACUGUAUCCAAAAAAAAAGUUAUAAGGAUAACAGCAGCACUUUUUGAGCAGAUGUAAAUUACUUGCCUUUACACAUAAGGAAAGUUCUUUUUCUUA